CCUUUACUGAAAACCUAGAAAACCCGUACAGAAUUUUCGCAGUAGACAAUAUGGCUACGUCUAUAUCAUUGUCGCCGCCAGGAGCCACUUUCAAACGGCGCCUCUACCCUGCGAAGCCGCACAGCCAGCCACUGUUCCAGGCAGCACGUGAGAACCCGGGGAAGAUCGACGAUAUACUUCGACCGUACAUACAUGACGAGGAAUUACCGUCGGAUCUUGCAGUUUACCUUUUAGAAUAUACCAACAUCCAAGUGACUCCCAGUCUCUUCGGCGAUCAAUCACCGGAUCGACCCCGCUGGUACUAUGCCAACUGCCUAAUCUUUGGCAUGGUACUUGGCCGAGCAUACAAACUCCUAUCAACACCCACACGGCCACCAAACAGUUUAUCCAACCCUUCGGAUUUUCCCUUUUCCAGACUUCCCGCCGAGCUUCGUCUCCAUAUCUAUGAAUAUGUCAAGGCAGACUCCAUCCAGCGGAAACGGCUCUGGGACGUGAUGUCGAGCGUCUUCAUCAAAGCCUUAUGGUCGGGCCGGGAUCCAGAAGAAGGCGCACGCUACAUUGCAGGCAUUCUGAUCGUAACGUGCGGCAUCUCUCUCUCCCACGCCUCCACCUUCCUCCUGGGCCAGGGCUCCAACUGGGUUUGGUGGGACAACAAGUUCUCGCAGCCCGAACACACCUGGACAUGGCAAGAUCUCGAGACGGGGAUCCUCGCAACGGCCGACCUGCCCCGCUCCAACACCUCCAUGGACGCCGUCUGGGACAAGUGGAGGCAGCUCCAGAACCUCGAGGCGAACGAGACGCACACGGUGCCCUGGCCCGAAUACGUCUCCGGGAACACGCUCGCGGUGCUCGACCUCGCGAGGGCGCACCUCAGGGCCGGAGAGAGGGACUGGACGCCGCCGGAGCUCGUGGCCAAGUUCUUGCUCCCGCUUUUCGAUGGCCUGCCUGCUGAUGCGAGGAGCGUGUGGGAGGCUACGGGGUUCAUACUCGAUGUAGAUGAAUCUGGGGCUACUGCUGCUGCUUCGUCGUCGUCGACGACGUGAGCGUGUGGGUUGUACUUGCAUUUGUAUCAGUCUUUUCUGGGGGUAUUCGCUGUAGCAAUUCAUUUGGUAUGUUGGGAUUCACAGAGAGAUCAUGGCGUGCUGCGUUUGUAAUAUUCAAGUUCCAUUAGCGAAAUGAUAGAAUAGAAUUGCU